AUGUCAUCAUCGCACGUCGACCUGGCUAUUACAGUGCCUACCUUGGUAGGAUCUGUGUUGUCAACCAUAGCCAUAGUAGUAGUGCUGGGCUUGCAUGCGAUAUCUCCUCCUACACGUCGACACGUUCGCCACGCCCUUAUUAUCAAUCUCCUAUUAUGCGAUAUGAUAAAUAAUACUAUAUCAGGCAGUCUGGCACUUAAGUAUGGCCCACUUGACCAAGUUCUAACCAAAGGGCAAUGUACCGCGAAUGCGUGGGUGGGCCAACUCACAGUGCAGACGAUUGACUUUAACAUAUUAUUUAUAUCAAUAACGGUUCUACUCACCGUGCAAAAGGCCUAUCUACUACAGGAUUCGUCAUUGCGGAGUGUUAUGUUAAUAUGCCUUUGUGCAUGGAUACCAGGGAUCAUUACCAGCUUCACCGCCCUAGGACUACAAGCAUAUGGCCCGGUGGGCGGCAACUGGUGCUGGAUUCAAGCGAAGUAUCCUAUCCUACGCUGGAGCUUGUCCUUUGGAUGGCGCCUCUGCAUAUUCUUCUUGGUCAUGGGAAUUUAUACUACGGUGUAUUUCCAGCUCAAACGGACGUUUGGACGUUUCGGGAUCUCAGGGGCUUCUUCCGACGGAACAAAUAUAACCACGACAGACACAGCCUUGCGCAAUCAGCACGCCACUACUCCAGCUUGGCCGCCCAUCAUGAAAGUCUCGUCACUUACCGUUGCUUAUGAACUCGGAACCGUGAAUGAUGCAGCCAGUUCAUCGUCUACAGCACCCAUGAGCAACCAAGCUCACUGUUACAGCAACCCGGAGCCUGAUUCUUCCAAUGCCUCGGCUGCUGCUAUAAGACAACCGGCGUGGAACAGAGCGUUGCCGAACCUACGGAGAAUGAUGUUGCUGAACGGCUAUCCACUAGGAUACCUUAUCCUCUGGACUCCCGGAGUGGUCAACCGAUUCAUUGAAAUUAAAGGCAAAUCACCGCCAUGGCUCGUCGCCUUACUGGCUUCUACACAAUACAUUGGGCUGGUACAUGCAAUCACUUAUGGCUAUAAUGAGCAGUUUCGACGCUCUAUACAAUCUUGGAAGGUUUUCCGGCAGAGACGGGAAAGGAUUGAGGAUUAG